AUGGGAAGGAGGGGUGUAGAGGAAGCCAUAGCUCGCAGCUGGGACCCAGGUGACACGACAUCAGCCUCUAGCAUCAUGGACUGUAUUGCUCGAUGCAGAACGGAGUUGGCCAAGUUGAAGAGAUCAGAAAACAUGAAUUCCAAGACAAAAAUAGAAAAACUGAAAGCGGAUUUAGAAAAGGAGAUAGCGUCUCAAUUCCCGAACUUCCAAAGAAUGAGGAGGUUAAAACAAGAGCUAUCAGUUUCUUUAUUGGAAGAGGAAAAAUUCUGGAGGCAACGGAGCAGAGUGGAAUGGUUAAAAGAGGGGGACAGAAACACAUCGUUUUUCCACAAUGCAGUCAGAGGAAGACGCCUAAAGAACAAGGUCUUAAUGCUUCGUGAUGUCUUUGGACAAGAAAACUACCCUGAAGGUUCUAAAGGCAAUAUCGCGGUGGAGUUCUAUAGGGACCUCUUUAUGAGCUCAAAGCCGAUGGACAUGGAAUCUCUGUUUGUAGGAUUUCCGGUUAAGGGAGCCUUUGUAGCAGGUCGACUGAUAACAUACAACAUCAUAGUUGCUCAUGAGAUGGUCCAUGGACUACGUACCAAUAAGAAAGUGGGAGAGACAUCUAUGGCUAUCAAGACUGAUAUGUCGAAAGCUUAUGACAUAGUAGAAUGGAACUUUGUGGAGAUUUUAUUGGAAAAAAUGGGAUUUGCAAGAGAUUGGAUCAGAUGGGUUAUGGCUUGUAUAAGUUCAGUCUCCUAUGCAGUUCUGCUCAACGGUCAGUCCCACAGUUUCAUUAGACCAGAAAGAGGAAUAAGGCAGGGAGACCCGUUGUCUCCUUUCCUGUUUAUUCUUUGUACAGAAGCUUUAGUCAAUGUACUAAACCAAUCGGAAACACAAGGAAAGGUACAUGGCAUCAAACUAUCAUCGAGUUGUCCAGCAGUUCACCACUUGUUGUUUGCUGAUGAUAGUCUUCUAAUGUGUGAUGCUACGGUCUGUGAGAAUGAAGAGAUCAAAAGCUAUCUCAAACUCUAUGGGGAUGCCUCCGGUCAGGUUAUCAACACAUCUAAAUCUUCUAUCAUCUUUGGCUCGGGGAUCAGUCAACAACAGAAGAUGGAGAUUCAAGAAGUUCUAGACAUCAUGAAGGAAGGCGGUGAAGGGACUUAUCUGGGGCUUCCAGAAUGCUUCAAGGGAUCCAAGAAAGACCUUUUGAACUUCAUCAAAGAGAGGCUAGAAGGUAGACUUCAAGGUUGGUAUACGAAAACACUUUCUAUGGGAGCCAAAGAAGUUUUAAUCAAGUCUGUCGCUCUUGCUUUGCCUAUAUAUGCAAUGUCGGUCUUUCAAUUGCCGAAGGAACUCGUCGUGCGGCUUACUAGUGUCAUUGUUGAGUACUGGUGGAGCAGCGGUGACAAGAAGAGAAAAAUCCCAUGGGUAGCAUGGCAGAAACUGUGUAAACCGAAGGAUCAAGGGUGUAUGGCUUUUCAUGACAUCGGAAGGUUCAACCAAGCUUUGCUUGGUAAGCAAGCGUGGAGAAUAUGGAGCCGUCCAAAUUCUCUAGUGGCAAGGGUCUUAAAAGGGCAGUACUUCUCUAAAAAAUCUUUCCUGGAAUGUGGCUCAGACACUAGACCUUCUUUCGCUUGGCGCAGUAUACUACAUGGGAGAGAACUACUGAAACAAGGAUUAUAUCGCGCUAUAGGGAAUGGUGUACAUUCCAAUGUUUGGGUGGAGAACUGGAUAAUUAAUGGGAUCCCUAGACCACCUAUGUAUAGAGAGGAUAGAGAAGUGAACCUUGCAUUGAAAGUCGCAGACCUGCUCGAGGUUAGCACGGGAAGGUGGAACAGAGAGCUAGUCUAUGAGACCUUCGCCCCGAGUGAUGCAGACCGCAUAAUGCUGCUGAAGCCAUUGAUGAAUAGAGAGGAUUCAAUCAUCUGGGGUUUCACUAAAAACGGCAUCUACAUCACACGCAGUGGUUAUCACCUGACUGAAACUCUAGUAGCGCUGCAAGCCCCUGACAACUGUGUUAUUCCCCCUGUUGAAAAGAAGUUAUGGAGCAACAUCUGGAAGAUCAAAGCCCCGUCUAAGCUUAAGCACUUCUUUUGGAGAUCUCUAUCAGGUGCUUUAGCGGUUAAAGAGAGACUACAAACCAGAGGGAUCCAAAUCGAUGCGACUUGUCAAAGUUGCGGAGCAGGGACCGAAUCUAUUUUCCAUGUCCUUUUCCUAUGCAACAAAGCACAACAGAUGUGGGAACUCGCUAAUAUACCAAUACCUCCAGCUGGUUUUUCUGCAAACUCUGUAUUCCUAAACAUCUAUCUCUUAGUAGGAGUUAUGAACAACAGCAGAUUGGAAAUGAGUAUUACACGGGCUGUUCCAUGGGUUCUGUGGCAGAUUUGGAAAGCCAGGAACUCUUUGGCUUUCAAAAACACAUCCUUGUCUCCCAGACAAGCAGUUAGGACGGCCUUUGAGGAGGCGGAACUUUGGUUCUUAGCUAACUCUCCCCAAAGAGAUUCCGAACCAACCCCGACCGUCAAGACCUGGAUCAAACCGCCUAUUGGUACACUCAAAUGUAACGUAGGUUCCUCCUGGGUCUGUGCUCAGAGAAAUUGCGGAGCUGCUUGGAUCCUAAGGGAUCCCCAAGGACGAACGGUGGCUCAUAGCAGAAGAUCUUAUUCAGCAAUAAACUCAGGCAAAGAAGCUCACAUCACUGCUCUACUUUGGGCGGUUGAGAGCAUGCAUAACAUGAGGCAAAAUAACAUCAUCUUCGAGACCUCAACAGAAGAUACAAGAGAGAUAAUGUCAUCUUCAUCCGUUUCCCCCAGCCUCCAUUACCUUACAUCUCAAAUCACUGCCUUGCUUCACAAGUUUGAGUACUGGAGUCUUGAUCAUGCAGCUGAUGAACGUAAUGUAGCAGCGAACAUGAUUGCAGGGUCGGUUACAACGGGCCACCAGUACCAAUCAUACAUAGCUUCGCAAGGUCCAGCCUGGCUCUACUCUUUGUUAUCUCGUGAAGCUAGAGGUUGA